GUUCGAAAUAUGUUGUUGCUUAUUUCAGAUUUGGAUGAUACUCUGGUAUCUCAGACAGAGUCUCUGGUUGCAGAUAAAGAUUUGGAUAACUUUAACACCAUAUGGAAAAAUCAACUAUUACCGCAAAACUCUCGAUUAGUUUACAAUACAGGACGUUCUGUCGCUCUAUUUUAUGAGCUAUUUAACAAGAAACAGCUGCUUCUUCCUGAUUAUCUCAUAUGUGGAGUUGGCACUGAAGUUUAUAGCUUUACACCAGACUCAAAAUUGGAGAAACUGCAGCAGUGGACUGACAUAGUUUUAGAAGACUUUAGGUUGGAACAUGUCAAACUUGUCACCCAACAGUGGAUUUCCAGUGGUCUUCUUCGUCUACAAAGUGAGUCGGAAAACAGUGAAGUGAAACUAAGUUUUUAUUUUGAUCCCCAACAAGUGGAGUACAUUGAAACUAAGAUAGUUCCAAACUUGAAAGCCUCACUUGUUUCAGUGAAUAUCAUUGUUUCUGUACAACAUGGAGUAGGACAUUUGGAUAUUCUUCCAGUCAAAGCAAAUAAGGGAACUGCGGCUAUGUGGCUACGUGAAUAUCUUGGUUUUCCACCUCAACUUACUAUGGUAUGUGGUGAAUCCAUGAAUGAUUAUGAUAUGUUCUUUUCUUCCAGUCCACAAGUAUUACGAGUUGCAGUUGGAAACUGUGAAGAGAACGUUAGAAAAAAAUUUUUACAACUUUCCAAAGUGGACAAUCAUUUCUAUCUUGCUUCAAGACAUUUUGCUGGAGGUAUUGUUGAAGGUUUACAUCACUUUGCAUUUUUAAGUGGUUCUUGUUGAAUUGGUGGCGGUGGUAGUAGUAGUAGUAGU